CCCUCGUAGCACGUGUCUCGAUCGCGCCUUUCAAUUCGCCACAAUAUCAUAAAGAAGCGAAUUUCACGAGAGACUCGGUGGGAUUCGACAUGCUCCUUGACUUGGUUACUCCCGGCCUCGAUCCUCCCUCGAGCGAUCAGUCGAUCGACUUUUAAUUCCCAUUGACGUAAGCGGCGUCGAUGUCGAUCGCGCGCGCGCUAUCUCUCGUAAGAACGAAUUUUCGUGACGAGCGCGCCAGAAAAAUCGCUUUAGAAAGGCGUGUUAGAGCCACGCGCCGCACGUAAGGUUUUCUUACCUCGCCGCUAUCGCCCUAUUAACUGCUCCUCUAACUGCCCCCUUCCUCACCGCUAUAUCUGUCAGCGUGCGUGUGCGUGUGGGUGCGCCACGAGCCGUGGGUGUGCGAUAAACACAUACACACACACACACACAUGUACACGCAUGUAACUCUUUUCGUCGAGAUGCAAUACUGUGAGAAAAGACUCCACUAUAAAAGGGGGUGUGUCCCGUGCGGUCAGCACCAGUUUCAGUAGUGAUCUCUGCAUCGCCGCAUCAUCGUCGUCGCCAUCAUGAACGCCUUACUUUUGCUGACCGUCCUCUGCCUGGCACUUCCCAUUUACGGCCAGGGGACGCAGGUAACAAAGAGGCAAGACAAAAGAGGUGUCCUUGGUCUGGGGUACGGAGCACUUGGACACGGUGGAAUAGGCCUUCAAGGCAACCUAGCUACUGCUGGAGCAGGUUACGGAGGCUACGGCCACGGCUAUCUUGGUAGCGGUGCGACCUAUUCGCUGGGACAUGCUGCUGUCGCGCCCGCUUAUUCCCAGAAUUACGGUGCGCCGGCAAUCUCCCAUGGUCACAACGCACCUUUGUACACGUCCUACCGUCUUGCUUCCGCGGGACACGGGGCAGGGCUCGGAUACGGUGCAGGAUACGGUUCGGGACUCGCGUACGGUGCAGGACACGGCACGGGACUCGCGUACGGUGCAGGAUACGGCGCGGGAUACGGGGUGGGACACGGUGCAGGAGUCGGAGCUGGUUUCGGCGGUGGUUACGGCCAUGGUGGUUACGGCUGGUGAGAAGAACCUGUGAACGGUAUUUUAUAACUGACGUUGCGAAACGUCAGUACGACUCUCCUCGGUUUCCCUCGUUUCUGCCCCUCGUUGGAGCAUUCGUCUCCUUUUCUCUGAGCUUUGUAUCUUUUGCGAUUUCUAAAUAAAUUUUGUAUUUUUAAUAAGCAACGUGGUUCUUUCUUUAGACAAUUUGACAGUAUUCGACGUGCUGUAAUAUUUGCAAAGAUGAUGUCGAUGGAACAAUUCGGGAGAGGUAUUUUCUAGCGUAUAGUUUUUGACUUUCAGAUACGUCAUGCGAUGUAAAAUUUACUUGGUUUCGUUUCAUCUCGUGAGUCUAGUUCUAUUUUUAAAUAACAUAGUCUUCUAUAAUGCAUCGUUGCAUCGUAAAAUUUGAAAAUUAAAGAAUACUUGAUCAGGCCAAAUUAUGUAUUUCAAGUUGAUGCAUAUCCUCUUUGUUAAUCAACUCGUAGUGUUAUUGCUUGAAAACUGAAAGACAAUUAUUUUGGAGUACUUUCAGUGGGAGAGAAAAUUUGAAUUUGAUACUGUCUUAUGUAAUUCGACGAAUACUAUCUAAUGCAAUAAUAAAAAUUACAAGAAGCGCCUGAUUUACGCUCAGCUAAAUUUUAUGGAAUCUGGUAAGUGGUGGUUCGAAUGUCGGCUAGAAAAUAGAUUCUUUAGUCGAGACUCGAACUUUAAUUUAUCGGCCUCUAUAAAAUUUAGUAGAGACUCAAUCCAUAUUUUACCGACCUCCAUUAGAUUUAGUUGAGACUCGAAACACGUUAGCAAAUUUUCUUAAAUAAAUGAUAUGAGGGAUAUUACUCGUUAUUUUAUG